AUGCCUUGUGGACCUCUCACAUUUUUCGAUUCGCUCUCAGGAGCCACAAGCGGUGUCUAUCCGAAGUAUUCGCCAGUGAAGUUUGAAGCUACAAAAGCACCGCGGUAAGU